UGGUUUUGCUGUGCAACAGGUGCAUGACAGAACACAAACACUAAGCUGAGGCAUAGGAAUAUUCUUUCAUCAACAAACAGGAGGACAAUAAGUUCCUGAUCUCUUUAAACAGAAUACUCACCUAUGGAGUACAGACAGACUGAGGCUCCGCCCUCAUAUGACUCCGUGGUGAAUCAGAACACAUGUCCACCUUCAUAUCCGAGUCUUCAGGCAUUGUUGACCACCCAAAUCCAACCAUACUACAUACCUCAGCCAAUACCCCAAACACCUGCGCCGUGUUUAGUUGAGACAAUUCCACAACAGACAAGACAAGUUCUCUCGUACAGGAGCAAAAGGAGUUACUAUGGCGGGUCGGGUGGUUCUGCUUUUGUUGUAGUGCUGCUUAUAAUUGCUGUUGGGCUGGGAGUGCGUUAUGGACCAUCGCUGUGGGCUCUCUCAGACAAAGAUAAGGAAACCGACACAUGCCCCCCCUCAUCGGUCAACUGUGAUGGGAAGAGAGACUGUUCUCAAGGCAGUGAUGAAGCUCGCUGUGUGCGGUUUGGGACAGCAAAUGAAUUGCUGGUCAUGACCUCUAAGGCCGGGAGUUUCCUUCCUGUCUGUGCACAAGGCUGGAGUAAAGACAUAGCAGACCAAACCUGCCAACAGCUUGGCUUCAGACAGAGUUAUGCAGAAGGUGUCUUGCAAAGCAACUCAUCCUCCUUUCAAAGUGUGAACAGUCUGUUUUCAAACACUAUCCAAGGAAGCGUUCAAAUCAGUUCAUCCUGUCCUCAUCAGCAGACUGUGUCCCUGUGGUGUUGUGACUGUGGAAGGCCACCGGUCGCCACCAGGAUCAUAGGGGGAACUGUGGCUGUUGACGGUCAGUGGCCGUGGCAGGCUAGCCUGCAUUUCCGUGGGUAUCACACAUGUGGAGGAACUCUUGUGGCUCCAGACUUCAUCAUUACAGCUGCUCACUGCUUCCCCCAAGAAACAUCUGCCUAUCUUUUGCCUAAUAACUGGCAAGUGUAUAUUGGUAUGGUGUCCCAGCUCAAGCUUCCCAGCCCGUAUAAUGUCAGACAAAUUAUUGUACAUGAGAAAUAUGAUCCAGAGACAAAAAACAAUGACAUUGCCUUGUUAAAACUCAACAGACCUGCCAGUAACAUACAGUCUGCCUGUUUACCUGUGUUUGGCCAGACUUUUUUUCCUGGCAGUCAGUGCUGGACCACUGGUUUUGGAGUUACACGAGAAGGGGGUGACAGUGGUUCCACUUAUUUGAUGGAGGUUGCAGUAGACUUGAUAGACUUAGCUGAAUGUAACAAACCUACUGUUUACAAUGGACUAAUAACUGAGACUAUGCAGUGUGCAGGAGAUCUUACGGGAGGAAAAGACUCCUGCCAGGGGGACAGUGGGGGUCCGUUGGUGUGUAAGGCUGACAAUCAUUGGUAUCUCACUGGUGUAACAAGCUGGGGAGAUGGCUGUGGAAAGAAAAACCGUCCAGGUGUUUAUAGUAACGUAGGUCGCCUUUUAACGUGGAUACAAAGCAAGAUGCAGCAAGAGCGACCAUGAGGAACAAAACUUCGCAUUCUUCUUUGCUGUGUACACUCCACAACAAACUUUUUUCUAAUUUUUUUAAAGUGAAAGAGUAAAGUUGACUUGCACUUUUAACAGUAAAUAUGCUUUUCUGUAAAGAUGAAAACUCACUAACUGUAUAAUUGUACUGAUAAUUUAUUAAUAAUUUACAUUAAAAUAAAUGGUUG